AGAAUAUCAAAGAGUGAGUUGCGGAACUACUUAGAGGAUGAGGUUGCCCCUCGCCACAAGGCUCUUGAUCUUCUUGGUUGGUGGAAAGAGAAUGCUCCAAGGUACCCAAUGUUGGCCAAGAUAGCCAAGAGGUUCAUUACUAUCCCGGCUACCUCCGUGUCUUCGGAAUCUACCUUCAGCACGACCGGAAGGAUUUUAGAUGACUAUAGGAGUUCGUUAAAACCGGUUAUGGUGGAGGCAUUAGUUUGUGGUGCAAGUUAUAUCAAGGGUGCUCAUGUUGACUUGAAUCUGGUGCCGAGGGAUGAGAAUGAAGAGGAUGAUGUUGAGAACAUCAAGUUACCCACUGUGGUGGAGGAGAUCAAUGAUUGACAUUCAUCAUGUGGAUGUUGAUCUUGCUAUUUUGGAGAUGAAUGUCAAAGUGAUCUUUCUCAUGUGAAGGCUACUUUUGCAUUUCUGUUAUGUUUGUCAUGAACUAUGAAUUGUCACUGCUAGCUUGGAG